AUGGACACUUCUGCUUUCAGCCUCCCCACGCCAACAGUGUCAGAGGAGGGGAAUGCCUCUGAUAGCUGGGCAGGCUUCAUCAGCCCCAACAGCUCCACCACCACCACCAGCCCUGGUGUGGUUGUCAGCGGUGUCCUCAUCCCCGUGGUUUACCUCAUCGUCUGUGUGGUGGGGCUAAUUGGAAAUUCUCUGGUCAUUUACGUGGUUUUGCGACACUCUGUGAGUGAAUCAGUGACCAAUGUCUACAUCUUGAACCUGGCCCUAGCUGAUGAACUCUUCAUGCUGGGUCUGCCAUUUCUGGCAGCACAAAAUGCCCUAUCCUACUGGCCAUUUGGGUCCUUCAUGUGCCGCUUGGUGAUGGCCGUGGAUGCCAUCAACCAGUUCACCAGCAUCUUCUGCCUGACAGUGAUGAGUGUUGAUCGCUACCUGGCUGUGGUCCAUCCUGGGAAGUCCUCCAAAUGGCGAACAGCACGAGUGGCCAAGGCUGUGAGUGCCACUGUGUGGAUGCUGUCGUCCAUAGUGGUGCUGCCCGUGGUGGUCUUCUCAGAUGUUCCUUUAGGUAUGAGCACAUGCCACAUCCAAUGGCCAGAACCUGCCUCAGUUUGGCGAGCUGGAUUCAUCAUUUACACUGCCACUUUGGGCUUCUUCGGGCCACUGCUGGUAAUUUGUCUCUGCUAUCUUCUCAUUGUUGUGAAGGUCCGUUCUUCUGGCAGAAGGGUGAGGGCUCUGUCCUCUAAACAUAAGCUUUCAGAGCGCAGGGUGACUCGCAUGGUGGUGACUGUUGUGGCUGUCUUCGUCCUCUGCUGGCUCCCCUUCUACGUCCUCAACAUAAUCAAUGUUGUUUGUCCACUGCCAGAGGAGCCGUCCCUCUUCGGUGUCUAUUUCCUCGUGGUGGUGCUGCCAUACGCCAAUAGCUGUGCCAACCCUAUCAUCUAUGGCUUCCUCUCCUACCGCUUCAAGCAAGGCUUCCGAAGGGCCAUCUUCAGGCAGUCCCGCCGUGUCCAGAGCCAGGAAGUGCCAGAAUGUCCCCCAGAAAAGUCUGAUGAUGAAGGAGAAGAAAAGGAGAUCAGCAAGAUCACCCAGAAUGGCAAUGACAGACAGGAGCGCCCUCUAAGCAGCAGGGCAGGAGAAAGCAAUGAGCAAAAACCACUCCCUGAGGAGCCUGUGGGCUGUGAGAAGAGCAGCAAGCUGCAUGUCAGCUAUUUAUGA